GAAACCGAGCAAUAGAAGUAUCGGCCGAACCAUACCGGCAUGGAUCCACUAAUGUUAAUGACAAUGUGUCCAUGGAUUCCAAAGCAAAUAGAAAAUGUAAAAGAAAAAGAUUGUAAGUCGGCUAAACCCUAAAAAGAAAAACUAAUCCCCCCCCCUGAGAAUCUCAUCUCCCCCACAAAUCUUCUCUACAGUUUUCUUUUCUUAAAUCUUUCAAAAAUCUCUCUCCACUUUUCCCCUAAAAUGUCCUCUUCAAAUUCACCCCUUCUUCUUUCCAUUUUCCCCCAAUUCCCCCUUCUCCAUUCCUCUCCCUCCCAUGGCCGCCGCUUCCACUCCAAUCCUCAUCCAACAAGCCCGUCUCCUCACCCCUUCCCAACCCACUCCCCCUCGUCUCCUCUCCCUCUCCGCCAUUGAUUCCCAGCUCUUCCUCCGCUUCACCAUCGAAUAUCUCCUCAUCUACACUCUCCCUUCCUCCUCCCACCCAUCCGCCAUUUCCACCGCCUUCCGAGCUGCUCUCUCCGACCUUCUCAUUCCUUAUUUCCCUCUUUCGGGUCGGGUCAGGGAGAAAUCCGAUGGGUCGGGUUUGGAAGUGGUUUGUCGUUCUCAAGGGGUGUUGUUUGUUGAAGCAGUUUCGGAUUUCUACACGGCGGCGGACUUCGAUCGCCCGCCGCGUUCUGUCGCGGAGUGGCGUGGGUUUUUGUCGUUUUCUGUAGAGGAUGUUUUGGAUGGAUCUCCGCCGUUGGUUGUUCAGUUGACGUGGCUUAAAGAUGGAGCCUUGGCAGUUGGUGUUGGUUUCAAUCAUUGUAUUUGCGAUGGAAUUGGUAGUGCUGAGUUUCUUAACUCGUUUGCUGAGCUGGUUGUUGGCAGACUCGGCCGUGCUACCGAGUUGAAACCUAUUCCGGUUUGGGAUCGACAUCUACUCACUCCACAACCACGGCUUUCUUCUCAACGUCGGACGCCGUUUAUCUCGCCGGAAUUCCAACGUGUCCCUGAUCUCUGCCGUUUCAUGUCGCGUUUUGUUGAUGAACCACUCGUUCCGACUUCGGUGAGUUUCGGGAAAAUUCAUCUCACGCGCUUGAGGUCACUUGCGCACUCCACGCGCGGCCAUGGAGAAACGGCGUUCACGACUUUUGAAGUCCUUGCUGCUCAUAUAUGGCGGAGCUGGGCUCAAUCUUUGAAACUCCCUCCUAAUCAAACGCUUAAGCUUCUUUUCAGUGUAAAUGUAAGAAAACGGAUUAAACCAAAUCUUCCCGCCGGUUACUACGGCAACGCCUUCGUUCUGGGUUGCGCUCAGACCACCGCCGGCGAGUUAGCGGAGAAGAAACUGGGCUACGUUGCCGGUUUAAUAAAGAAGGCGAAAGAGAGCGUGGGAGAUGAGCACGUGAGGCAUGUGACUGAGUUGGUGAGCGAGUCGAGAGUGUGUCCUGACUCAGUCGGAGUUCUUAUACUGUCCCAGUGGUCAAGGCUGGGGUUAGAGAAGGUUGAUUUUGGAAUGGGCCGGCCGGUUCAAGUCGGGCCGGUUUGUUGCGACCGGUAUUGUAUUUUGUUGCCGGUUUAUAAUCAAACGGAGGCCGUGAAGGUUACGGUGGCAGUCCCCAAAUCUGCCGUUGACAAGUAUGAAUCCUUGGUUAGAAACGUGGCCACGUGAAUACAUUUAACUGUAACACGUGGCGGAGCUGACAUGUAAAAAACUGUUUUUAACUUUUCCUUUCCUUUUUCUUUUUCCUUCUUUCUUUCUUGUUUUUUUUUGGCCUUUGGAAUAUAUUGAUUUUAUUUAUUUAA